AUGUCGGCCACUUCACCACGACAAAGUCGGCGGACUGCCGCCUCGCGACGCAGGGUUGUUGAUUCCGACGACGACAUGGAAAUAGACAUGGGCGAUGAAAAGAGGGAAGAAUACACUCCAGCUCCUCGCUCUACGAGGAACACCAAGUCUGUAACCUCUACACCACAGACAGCCUCACGUACUCGUCGCAACCCCGUCGUCGACGACGAGAUCCUAGAAGAUGCCACUUCACCCACCAAGCCCAAGCGCCGUACCGCCAAAACCGCUCGUACUGCACCCAAGAGCCGUAUGUCCACAUCAGUUGCUUCCGAGGUCGAUGCCUCCACAAUGUCGACUCCUCAGCACGCAGCUCCGCCAGCUGCACAGAGGCAGGCCACGCCUCUUGCCGACAUCACAGAGACAGCUGUGAACGAUCAGACUCCGCGUGCUCAGACGAGACCACCACCAUCCAGCCAGGUUCACAAGGUCGAUACGAAUACAACUCUGCUGGAGAAGCCGAUGGAUAUCGUCGUGCGUACCAGAGCUGCCGCUACCAUGCCCGUUUCGCAAGCUCCCGACGAGCCUCGAUCGCGUACCGUCAUUACCCAUCUCGUUCUGAAGAACUUCAAGAGUUAUGCUGGCCGUCAGGAAGUCGGCCCCUUCCAUGCUUCAUUCUCCUCGGUUGUUGGCCCCAAUGGCUCAGGCAAAUCCAACGUCAUUGACUCCUUGCUCUUUGUAUUUGGUUUCCGUGCCAGCAAGAUGCGACAGGGCAAGAUCUCCGCUCUGAUUCACAACUCCGCUGCCUAUCCUGAUCUGGAUCACUGCGAGGUCGAAGUCCACUUCCAGCAGGUCAUGGAUUUGCCAGUUGGUGGCCAUGAAGUCAUCGCUGAUUCACAGCUUGUAAUCUCGAGACGCGCCUUCAAAAACAACGCGAGCAAAUACUACAUCAACGGCAGAGAGUCUAACUUCACCGCCGUCACUACCCUGCUGCGCGAUCGCGAGGUCGAAUCCAUUGCUCAGAUGAAACCAAAAGCCGCUACCGAGCACGACGAUGGCCUGCUGGAAUACCUAGAAGACAUCAUUGGCACUUCCAAAUACAAGACGCCUAUCGACGAAGCUGCCACUGAGACAGAAGCACUCAAUGAAGUUUGCGCCGAGAAAAACACCAGGGUACAACAUGUCGAGAAGGAAAGGAAUGCUCUCGAGGAUAAGAAAGACAAAGCACUGGCUUUCAUCCGUGAUGAGAAUGAGCUGGCUACGAAGCAAUCCGCUCUAUACCAAAUAUACAUCAACGAGUGCUCAGAUAAUGUUACCGUGACUGAAGAAGCCGUUCAGCAACUUCAACAGCAGCUCGAUGAGGAACUCGAAAAGCACAAGGGCAAUCAAGAAGGUAUAAAGCGCCUGCAAAAACAGCACAGUGCCACAGCCAAGGAGUACGAGCGCAUGUCAGAAAGCACACAAUCGGUUCUGAAAGAGAUGGCAAAGCUAGACAAGGAAACCGUGAAACAUGCAGAGAAGAAAAAAUUCCUUGCAAACAAGGCUAAGAAGCUUGCAAAAACGGCGGAAGACAGCAGAUUCGCUAUAUCUGGAGCCACCACACAGGCCACACAGGCCGAGGACGACAUCAACAGAAACGCGCAGUCCAUAGCUGAACUGGAAGCCGAGAUGCAGCAAGAAGAAGCACGACUGACUCAGAUUCGAGAAAGUCUCAAAGGCAAGACUCAAGGUAUCUCGGACGAGAUUGCGGCCAAGCAGAAGACUCUAGAACCCUGGCAAGCGAAGGUCAACGAAAAGCAGUCUGCAAUUUCUGUUGCACAAAGCGAGCUCGAUAUUCUCAGAGAGCGAGGUAAUGCUGGAGCGAAUGCUAUCCAGGAAAUCGAGUCAAAGAUCACGGCAAUCUUUGAGACUCGUGAAGCAAAAGCGGUAGCAUUCAAGGAGUGUAGACGAGAACGGAAGGAGGUGGAACAGUCCCUGCAAGAAACGCAGGCCGAGAUCGAUCAUCUUACUUCGCAAGAGUCCAAUUUACGCUCAAAGCUCUCGGGAGCUAGACAAAAGGCCGAUGAGGCAAGAGCUAGUUUAGCUGCAACGCAGACUCAAGGAAACGUUCUCACUGGCCUGAUGCGCCUCAAGGAGUCUGGCAGGAUCAACGGAUUCCAUGGACGCCUCGGUAACCUCGGUGCCAUCGAUGCAAGAUUCGAUGUUGCUAUCUCUACCGCAUGCCCUUCCCUCGACAAUCUGGUAGUCGACUCUGUUGAGGUCGGCCAACAAUGCAUCGAGUACCUUCGCAAGAACGACCUGGGUCGUGCUAACUUCAUUCUUCUCGACCGCUUACCACAGCGAGAUCUGUCGGCCAUACAAACACCGGAGAACGUGCCUCGACUCUACGAUCUUGUCAAGCCGAAGGACGAUCGAUACCGACCUGCCUUCUACAGUGUGCUGCAAAACACACUUGUUGCCAAGGAUCUCGAGCAGGCCAACCGUAUCGCUUAUGGUGCAAAACGUUGGAGAGUCGUCACGCUUGACGGUCAGUUGAUUGACAAGUCGGGUACCAUGAGCGGUGGUGGUACGAGAGUCGCUAAGGGUGCUAUGUCUUCCAAGGUUGUGGCCGAUGUGACUAAGGAUCAGGUCGCCAAGCUUGAGGUUGAUCGUGAUACCCUAGAAGAGACAUUUGCACAGUUCCAGCAAAGGAUGCAGCAGCUAGAGGCUCAUCUCAGGGAAUUGCAAGAUCGAGUGCCACAACUCGAGACUCAAGCUCAGAAAGUCGAGGAGCUUCAGGCUGAGAGUCAACCUUCGGAUUCAGAUGACAAACGUAUCUCUGAGCUCGAGAAGACCAUCAGGAAACUUGAGAAAGAGACUGAGAAGCUGCAAGCAGAAACUGCUGGUAUCGAAGAGGAGAUCAAAGCACUACAAGCCAAGAUCAUGGAAGUUGGUGGUGUCCAGCUUCGUACACAAAAGGCCAAGGUCGAUGGACUCAAGGAGCAAAUCGAUCAUCGCACUGAAGAAAUGUCUAACGCGGAGAUCAACAAGGCCAAAGCUGAAAAGCAAAAAUCAAAACACGAAAAGACUUUUAAUGAUGCACAGUCUGAGCUGGAAAAGGUGACAGCUGAUGCAGAACAGGUCGAAGAUGAGAUCAAAGAGCAGACCAGAAACACUGCAGGGUUCCGCAAGGAGGCGGAAGAAGCUCAAGAGGCCUUGAACACCAAGAAAGAAGAGCUUGAGGCACUCAAGACUGAGCUCGAUGCCCAGACAGCCAUCUUGAACGAGACUCGAGGCAUUGAGAUCGAGAUGCGGAAUAAGCUCGAAGAGAACCAGAAGAUUAUGGCCGAGAAUCAGAAGCGUCUACGAUACUGGCAAGAGAAGCUAAGCAAGCUCUCUGAGCUCGAGCCUCUGCCUAUGGCGCAAUACACCAAAGACGAACUCGAAGACAUGUCUAAAGACGAGCUCAAGGCCUCGAUAGCGCUUCUCGAAGAGUCAACAUCACAAUCAGUUGAGCUUUCGGUUCUGGCCGAGUAUCGCCGUCGUGUAUCUGAACACACAUCGCGUAUGUCUGAUCUCAACGAAGCUCUAGCUGGUCGCGACUCAGCAAAGAAACGACUUGAUGACCUCAGACGCAUGCGUCUCGAAGGAUUCAUGGAAGGAUUCUCGACCAUCUCAAUGCGCCUCAAGGAGAUGUAUCAGAUGAUCACCAUGGGUGGUAAUGCAGAACUCGAGCUCGUUGACAGUCUCGACCCCUUCAGCGAAGGCAUUCUUUUCAGUGUCAUGCCGCCAAAGAAGAGUUGGAAGAACAUCAGCAACUUGUCCGGUGGAGAGAAGACACUCAGUUCAUUGGCACUGGUCUUUGCUCUUCACCACUACAAGCCAACUCCUUUGUAUGUCAUGGACGAGAUCGAUGCUGCUCUCGACUUCCGCAACGUUUCGAUCGUUGCCAGUUAUAUCAAGGAGCGAACCAAGAAUGCUCAGUUCAUCGUCAUUUCCUUGAGAAACAACAUGUUUGAGUUGGCUGCGAGAUUGGUUGGUGUUUACAAGGUCAACCACAUGAGUGUAACUAUCGAGAACAAGGACUACAUUCAAGCUGCUGCUGCAUGA